UAUGGAUAUAUCUGAAACUUUUUGUUUUCGGUUAGAAACCUGUUUCUUUUAACCGUUCUUGUUUUGGGGGUUGGAGGAGGAAGUUUGGUGUGCGUUUGAUGGCGAAUCAUUCAUGGACAAACGAAGAGAGAAAGCACCAUAAUACACACUUCGACAACUCGACGACGGCGCCGGAGAGGCCACUGAUGAAACAUCAAACGGGAAUCGCCAUGGAAUGGACCUCAGAAGAACAAGAAAUUCUCGAAGAUGGUCUUGCCAGUUAUUCGUCUGAACCGAGUAUUUCACGUUACGAGAAAAUAGCGUCGAAGCUUGAGAGGAAGACCAUUAGAGACGUUGCUAUGCGUUACAAAUGGAUCUAUGUGAAGUCUUCUUCUCCUUUUCCUUCCUCCUCAAGUUAUGAGAUUAUUGAUAUGGUUGUGGCUUCAAACUCAGCUCCACAUCUGCUUGCACCAUCACCUUCUCUUAGUGAAGAAGAUGUGAUCACUUAUGAGCUUCUUAAACAGAAUGAGCAAUUCCUCAGUCUGAUUUCUGUAAAUCUCACAUCCUCAAGGUUAACAGAAAACUCGACACUCUUCUACAAAAGCCGAGAAAACAUCAACAAACUUACCGAAAUUUUGAAUGAGAAUGCGCCGGAUCCGAUCAAGCAUAUGCCAAUGCCGGAGGAAGUGAACGACGACCUUCUUAAUUUAAUCCUUACUCUCUCAAAUCUACCAUAGCUACCAUGAAUGACUACUCUUUUUUUUUUUUUUUUUUUUUUCAUUCUCUGCAAUUCUAUUUCUUCAGGAACUUCUAAUUGUUCUCUAUUGAUUUUUCAGAUUUUAGGUUUUUUUUUGUUUCUC